UAUCUGCUCACGAUAGUCUUCGGACUCCGUCUUUAGAAGAUGAAUAGUGAUCUUCAAAAAAAAAUUGUUAAAAUAAUACCUGACCAUCUGUGGACUAGAAUGUAGAUGGUAUUAAUGUGCCAGAUUACUUAACUGAAAGUCGGUUUUGCUUAAUACAGCGUCGAAAGAAGCAGUGGUUUCUGAAUUGUCUCUUUCAGAUCUUCUGUGGGGCGACACGAACGAAAGAGUCCUGAAAUUUCACAAAAGUCAACUUUCUUUUGCCACUUUGCUAGGCAAUCAUCAUAUCGUCAAGAUUUAAUGCAGAUAUGCGGGCAUUUUGCUGCUUUUGUUGUUUUCUUCUAAAAACAAAGGGCACGAUCACAGAUCUGCUAUCUUUCCAUUUUCCCUCACUUUCUCACCUCACCCGCGCGCCUUAUCCCCAUUUUGCUCUUCUGCUCCACAUUCUCCAUCUUUCUGGAACCUGGUAAUUUCUUCAUUCCCAUAUGCUCCCAAGUCCCAAGUGAUUCUGCAUCUUAUAAGUCUUAUCUCAUGACAUUAUUGUUAUUGUGAUUUGUUUUCUCUUUUUAUUAUUAUUUCUAAUCUGUUUCCAAGUCUUUCCCCAUUCUUGGUUUAUCUAUUACUUUGUUUUGAGAGUUCAAGAAUCAGCCCUUCUGGAUUUUCCAUAAGUGCUUUAGAUAGGAUUUUGCUUCAUUUUUAGCCAAAGUUAUGGUUUUUAAUGGUGUAAGUUGUGAUUAAGGUAAGCCCAUGCUGGUUCACUUACCAACUUACCAUUCUUGGGGUUCUUUAUUGGGUAUAUACUUGACUUGGAUUUUUCCUUCUUGAGAAAGUUGUAUAGGGAUAGAACUUUGCAGCUUUUAGCAUGAAAAACAAUCAAUUAGCACUAUUAACUUCAUGACACCCACUUUGACAUAAGCUAGCUUUGGAAAUUGGAGUGGUGUUUGCCUUCAACGGCAGCACUUGUUCUUUCUCAAUCCAACAAGUCGGAAGCGGGUCAGACCAUCUUGUUUGAUCUCACUGGGUGCUUGUCCUGAAGACAAAUACCAGAUCCAAACUCCCCAAGAUUGUUCGUAUUUAGUUGAAGACAAUUAGGCCUAAAAAACAUUUACUGCAUUCUAGAAGAGGUUAGGAGCUAGACAAGUUUCACACUUAGGGCCUAACAGUUUGGCACACUUUGACCUGACAUGUAGUUGGAGCAUAUGCAAAGUUUGAUGGUAAGAACGUAAGGCUUCCAAUAAUAGCAUCAAAUCAUGGUUGUUUGCGACUCCCCCGUCCCUCAAAACUUGGCCAAGAUUGACUUACAAGUAGAAUAGUAAAGUACAAAAAUAUGUGGUUGAGAAUUGAGAUGUGUGCAUAGGAGAGAGAAAUAGUUCAACCACAUAUUUAUUACUUUAAAUGGAAACGACAAAGUUGUUGGGACGGCUAAAUAAGGAAAUUUGGCAAAGUUUUUUGGAUGAAGGGAGUACUAUUUUUGAACGCAUCCUUGUUUCAGCUUGUGCUUUGGCUUCAUAGAUCUAUAAUACUUCCUCCGUUCUUUAAUUCUUGCAACAUUGUCAUUUUUGCACUAUUCACGGGUCUUACUUUGACCACGAUUUUCUACUAAUAUACAUAAUCAAAUUAUUACGUAUAAAAUGUUAUUGAAUUCCUAUCAAUGUGAAUUUCCAAAACAUCAACUUUUUAUAAUGUUUACUAAUACAUAAUUAAAUAUAAUCACAGUCAAAGUUGUGUGUUGGCAAACGUGAAAGUCAAACUCUUGCAAUAAUUAAAGAACGGAGGAUAGUAAGAUUUAGGUUUCAUCCUUAAAUAUGGAGUCUAGAGCAAUAUAUUCUCUUUUAUAUGUAAUUACUUGAUUAGAUAUAUAUUAAGAUAUGGGAUUCCAUCCUAGCCCUAUAUGUGAGGUUGUGUCUUUAUUUAUGUCUGAUAUGUGAUGACUUGACUUGGCACUCGAGAUAAUGGCUCCAUUCAUAUGCUCUUUUUAUGUCCUAGUUGGAUCAGUUACUUGUAUGCACCAAAUUGGCUUUGAUUCCACAUUUAACCCCAUAGAAUGAAUACUCCAAUGCUCUUAUAUAUGAGUUUGUUUCUAUAAUAAUUGCAUGUGAAAAAUGGAUUAAUUGUAUAAACUAUCAAAAGUGAUCUAGAGUUGAAGCAAGUCUUGACGGGAACUAUUUGGAACAAAUGAGUCAUUCAUCUAUUUCUUUUCAAACUAACUUUGCAGGAGUAAAGGGUGUGGGUUGGUAAUAUCUCGGCUCUAAUGCCUUCUCCAUCAUACAUGCCACUAAGGUGGGAGAGCAGCGGGGACCAAUGGUGGUUUGCCUCUCCCAUUGAUUGGGCAGCUGCCAAUGGACAUUAUGAUUUGGUGAGACAGCUUCUUCUCCUUGACACCAACCUUCUCUUCAAACUCACUUCUCUUCGGCGAAUCCGCCGCCUAGAGACGGUUUGGGAUGAUGAGGAACAGUUUGAUGAUGUAGCAAAAUGCCGCUGUCAAGUGGCCAGAAAGCUCCUCCUUGAAUGUGAAACCAAGAAUGGCCACAAUUCUCUCCUCAAAGCCGGCUAUGGGGGCUGGCUUCUUUACACGGCUGCCUCAUCUGGGGACACAGGGUUUGUUAAAGAGUUGUUGGGGCGAGAUCCACUUUUGGUCUUCGGUGAAGGUGAGUAUGGGGUCACUGAUAUACUCUAUGCAGCAGCUCGGAGCAAGAGUUGUGAAGUUUUCAGGCUUCUGUUUGAUUCUUCAACCACAGUGAAGCAAAAGAGUGGAGAAGAAGGAUGGGAAGAGGGUGAUGGCCCUUUGGGUUGGAAGAUGGAUAUGAGGAAUAGGGCGGUUCAUGCUGCUGCUAGAGGUGGAAGCGUGGAGAUAUUGAGGGAAAUGCUAUUGAAUUGCUCAAAUGUGUUGGUGUAUAGAGAUGAGGGGGGAUCUACUCUCUUGCAUUCUGCUGCUGGAAGAGGUCAGGUUGAGGUGGUUAAGUAUCUAUUAGCAUCGUAUGACAUAAUUGAUUCCAGAGAUAAUCAAGGCAACACUGCACUGCAUCUAGCUGCAUACAAAGGCUACUUACCCAUUGUGGAAACUCUCAUAUCCGCAUCCCCUUCGUCAGUCCCACUCACAAACAACCACGGAGACACAUUCCUUCACAUGGCUGUGGCGGGAUUCAGAACGCCAACUUUCCAUAGGUUGGACCCACAAAUAAAGUUAAUAAAGCAGUUGGUGAGCGGGAAAGUUGUGAACAUAGAAGAAAUAAUCAACCUAAGGAAUAAUGAUGGGAAAACAGCUCUUCAUGUUGCUGUUAGUGAGAAUGUUAGGACCGAUCUAGUAGAACUUUUGAUGACUGUAUUUUCAAUAGAUUUAAACAUCCGUGAUGAUGAUGGUCACACACCAUUGGAUCUCAUCAAGAGACGCCCCCCGACCACAUUCUUAUGAGGGCUUGAUCAAGCGGUUCAUCUCGGCCGGAGGAAUAUCCGAUUGCCAUGACCGAACGGCAAGAAGCAUCUUAGCUUCAUGUUUGAAAACACAGGGUACAACAGGCAGCCCGGGAACUUCUUUUAGGAUCCGUGAUGCUGAAAUAUUCUCAUGCUCCGGCACUGAGAAAGGGUAUAACGGUAAUUGUGAUCUUUUAAGCUCGGGAUAUGCCUCUAGCUCGGGUGAAAUAAGUUCACACUUUUCACAUAAAAAUAAGUUGAAGUUUCUUAUGGAGUUGGCAAAUAAUAAAGGGAGAGAUGAUUGCGGGCCUGUAGAAUCUCAAGCAGAACUACAUUCUUUGACAUCGGGAGAGAAACCCGUAAUCUCUCUACGACAAAGGUUUGCAAGAAUGUCCUCUCUUCCAAACAACAAAAGAGUUCACUCGGUUUGUCAGGGCCAUACUAGUCCAUUCACAAAAAAGAAGUUUGCUGCAGGGGUUAGGCAAGGCGUUAUUCAAGUAACGCCACGAUGUUUUUUCUCUGGAUCAUUGCAGGCAUCUCCGAAGUCUGUCAUUCAAGAAAAGAGAAGAAACCGUACAGAUGUUGUUAGCCCUAGUGGCUCCCGUGACUUCAAUUGCUUGCCUAGGGGACAAAAGACGAAAGCGGAAAUGGGACGCCAACACAAUUCCUUCAACAUGAAGGUGAUGAACCAGUUCUUCUGCUUCGGGGAUGAUGGCGUUUCUGUGAAUAAUCCAGGUAGAUUGAAACCACAGGUCCAGUGUUGCAAACAAGCAAUUGCUGCAUGAGUGUAACAUGACGUUCUCUAUGUUUCAUCUCUCCUUUAAAAGUUGUAAUGAAGUAUGUAGUGGUGCUGGCAAUUUGACUAAUUUGAAAUUAAUUGUUGAUUAUUCUCUUUUAGCCACACACAAAUUUGUUCAGUGUCCUGGUUUGUUGGCUUUUUGCUAACCAGGGGUCACGUUUCUGCUUCUUUUUAAAAGCAGAAUCAGAACUAGUUUUUGCGUUUCUGCUUCUUUUUAAAAGCAGAAUCAGAACUAGUUUUUGCGUUUCUGCUUCUUUUUAAAAGCAGAAUCAGAACUAGUUUUUGAAAAAGUUGUAUCUGAGAGCAAUUUGAAGCAUCUAGAAGUACUUGUCCCCUCUACAAAAUUCCAAAUCACACAAUGAUUAUUUUUCUUAUUUCACACCUAAUAUAAAUUUGGCAAUGUCCAAUGA